UAAAAUAAUGAUUAAAAAAAAGAUAUCCACAAGCAGAUUCAACCAUGUGAUUUGUAUAAAAUCUGCUGAUAUCUAAGUAAAAGCAAUUCAUGUUUAAACAUUAUACAUGUAAAACACGUUCUACAAUAUAAUGGUUCAAUAAUUCUUGUUUACAUGUUUUAAUUUUCAUGAUAUCAUAUUACUACUGUCAAACGUAACUUUUCGGCCCUUUCCGUCAGUCUUCAUUGAUAAUAGCCGAGACUACUGUCAAGUUAUAAAUAAUCUUGGAAAAACCAGAUAUGUUAUAUAUAGCUAUAUAGCUCAUAACGGGGAUUUGCAGACUGGAAUACCGCACAAAUAUAUAUAUAUAUAUAUAUAUAUACAGAUAUUCGUUUACUUUUUAAGUUUCAACAACGAAACAAUGAUCAAGAUUUUGAUAGCUGCAAUUGCAUGGUCUGUGCUUGUAUCAAGUCAGGGCACAAGAACACCUUUCCCGUGCCACUCAGAUGUCUGUAAUUUGUAUGGCCAAGACCAGUUUUGUAGCGAAAGAGAAUCGAGAUGCCGUGACUGUCUCGACAUUAUUGAUGGAUGCUUCGAACCUGAGACACCAAGCAAUUGUACGAGGACGUGCAUAGAAUUUCAUGUGCAAGAGAAGCUGAAAAAUGAAAGAGCAUCUGCUUGCCCGGAGCUUGGCCCUAUAGAAAACGGAAAAAGUAACGACUCUACAUCGGAAAUAUACAAGCCUGGUGAUGUCAUUGGUAUAACUUGUGAUGCAGGGUAUCGCUUAUUUGGUCGCCCUACGCUAAAAUGCAAAGCAUAUGGUCAAUGGUCACAUGAUGUUCCGACAUGUGAAGAAAUUACAUGUCCCGUGCUGCCAGAAGUUGGCAACGGAAAACAUAAUGGGUCUCUAACAAUUCCGCACAAGCCAGGAGAUAUAGUAACAGUUCUGUGCAAUCACGGAUACCAGAGAAUCGGUCCAGUAUAUGCAGUGUGUCAAACAAAUGGUGCAUGGCAAACACAGCUGUCGAUUUGUCAAAAAUAUCCAGAAAUUCCUCCCAUAAAGAACGGAAGAUGGGACAGAACAAUGGUGACAAACAACUUAGAAUCAGACGAGUUACAAGCUACUUGUGACAGAGGUUACACCUUACUAGGUUCUGGCAAUUUAAGAUGGUCAAAGACAGGAAUCUUCACAAGCAGCAAUGGUCAUCUAUCACUUUGCAAAAAGGAUGAAGAAACAAACGUUUGGAUGAUUGUGGCUAUAACAGAAGGAGUUCUACUACUCGUAUUAAUCGUUUGCCUUGUUAUCUGCAAAGUUUACAAAUAUCAAAUGAAACAAAGACAAAACCAAACGAAAAAGACCGUUCGUGACAGUUCUAAAGAAAAUGGGAAUAAGAAAGAAACUCGCCUUUUAAUUGAUUCAGUUGAAAAACAAAUAUCUAACCCCUGCAGUCAAAGUGGAUAUGCAUGUCCGAACAAGGACAUAUCUUUGCAUGAUCAAAAGCUACAAAGGGAAUCAGGAUCUAAAGAGAGUGAAAGUCAGUCUCCUAUGAAUAAUUUGUAUGGCGAUCAACCAGACAUGGUCAUUAAUAGUAUUUCCACUGGAACAAGAGUUCCUUCAGAAGUUCAGAAAAAAAUCAAAGAUGCUGCAGUAACAAGAGAGAUAGACAGAGAAAAUGACUGUCAAUCUAGUAAAUCAUAUGUGCAGAUUGGAAGAAACCCAGAUGCUGGAAACAACAUGCACGUAAGUAUAAACAUAACUGGCAACAAUACUACCGAUAACAAUGUUAUUGUCGGCAGUGGAACAGAUGCUACAUCUUCAAAGUCUACCAACACUACAGCGCCAAGUACAGCCGACGGACAAACUGCUGAUAAGAGGAUGAACGACUUAAAGUUGCCCGUAGAGGAAUCAGCAACAUAUCAACCGUCCCAACCUGAAUCAGCAUCACCUGAACCUGAAGCGUCGACUGUUUUGAAAGAAGUCCGUAAUGGGACUGCCAUUAUGAACGAUGACUCAUAUGCCGCUAGCCGUCCACUUAAUGGAUUAGCUAUCCAGCAAAAUGCCAACAAUGAACAAGACAUUGCUAGAAAACUUGGUUUAGCUAAUGGUAACGUAAACACAGACGAUCUAGAAAACCAUGAAGUAACAAAGUUUUAAUAUAUGUUUAGAAUGCAAGUCUAGCUGUACACAUUUUAUACAAAUAAUUAGUAUUAAUUAAAUAAUCAAAUAAAUACUUAAUGUUAAUGUAUGUAAUUUAACAUAAUUAUAGAGAAAACCCGCCAAUCUUAGAAAAUUCAAUAAUGACAAUGCAUAAGCUUUAACAACAAAGCAGGUAACAAAGCAUCUUAAAUACAAAGAGACAUUCAUGCAAAAUAAAUAAUACAUUUCAUGCAUAUACUGACUCAAAAUAAAGCAUAUAAACACAUAUCCAUACAUGUGAAUUCUCUUACUUCAGACUGAUGACUCCUAAUUAGCAAAAUAAGAAGACAACUGCUUCUAAUCAAUUUUUCAAACAAAGUCAAUUUAACUCAAACACUCCCUAAAUAAAAUACAUUCUCUAACUGUGUGUAAGAAAGAUUCACAUAUAUGCGCAUUUCAAAUUACAAAUAAUUAAACAAAACUAUUAACUUUACACAUACAAAAAGGCUAAAACAAGCAACAAGCAAUAAACUCAAAUCAAAAUUCUAAUUUGCCGAUCAACAUACAUAAUGGGUUGGGUGGGAGGGUUUUCUUAAACUUGACAGCUAGACAACAAAGGCUCGAAUGACUAGAAGUACAAAAUUGGCGCGACAAUAAUCUAAAAUAAACGACCAAUCAGAAAACAGUUCACCAAAGUCACGGUUUACUCGAAAUAAUUAGUUAUUUUAGAUCAAAAUAUAUCUAUGCAUAUAUUAUAUCAUUCUUCCGAUUUCACCUAUUUUAUCAUUUAUGACACACAUAUGUUUGACUAUUGUCAACGCGUCGAAUCUUUUCGAUUUUUAUAUUCAUUACGAGCAGUAUACUGUUGACAUGUAAAUGAAUGUAAAAAUCACUCUCCAAAUAUGUAGAAACACAGCGGUUAAACUGUAUUACAACGAUUAUAAUGUGGUACUCGAAUAUUCGAAAUUCAGAUUUAAAUACGUAUACGUUUUUAAUGUAAACUUUUGAAGAAACUAAAUAAAACAAUUCACAAUCAUAAUAACUGAUGUUUGACUAACGCGUCUUAUAGAAUACCUUUUGGAUUUUUAUAUUUAUUGGCGACGCCGGUGAGCGGCGUCGUCUAUUAUGGAAUGCUUUUUAUUUUUGCCUAUGGAAGGAGCUGUUAUUAUUAGCAGUUAAUUUCAUGUUGUGUUAAUUAGUUUUAUUUUGAUUCGUAAAAAUCAAGUAAACAAAUGUGUUGUUAUAUUUGUAUUUAGUAACUUUAUGUAAAAAGCAUGUGCAUUGUGAUAUUAUUUUCACGAAAUUGCAGGUUAAGUUUAACAGCUUGUCCCUUAGUUUUAAUGACAAUACUAAAACCCGGAUUUCGAAUAUCGUUGUGGUCUAGAUUGAGGCCGUAUCAGUUCAUUCAUUCAUUUAUACAUUUUCAAAAUUUUCCUACAAGAAGAAAGUUCACCUGCAAUUGAGUAUAAGGAUAGGUAAUGGAACUGUUGUAAACGAUUAUCCUAUUGAUUUUAUCCUUAUUACAUUUAUCUGUUGCGCAGAAUGGUUGUUUUUACAAAGUGUACCAGUAUCCGGAUGUUGAAAGCUAUCCGAUUUUCUGCAAUUACUGCUGACACAUGGCCAUCUAUUUUUUUAUGAAUACAUUACCAUUAAUUUGCAUGGCUUGAUAAAACUGAACCUGCAGCAUUUCAUAAUUUUGCUGUUUAUGGUGUUCUUUUGGGUUUCAGGUUUUCUUUAUUUUAAGGGGAAGUAACUCAUGUUUACUAAAUUAUUUGUUCUUUUCUGUCUAUCUUAGGUAUUACUUAUAAUACUAUUUUUGUUGUAUAUAAUUCACCAGUUGUAAGGUCAUCAAAAGCAUGUUAAUGUUAGGAUUUCAUAUUUAUUUAAUAUAAACUGGGUUAAUUAUUAAUGCUAUGUGCAUACAUGUAUAUCUUAGACAGUAGUUUAAUGAUAUGUUGAGACUUAUAAUUUUUCUGCAUUUAAAGAGAUACAGUUAUGUCAUUAUUAUUAAAGGGAUGAGACUUUCAUUUAAAGUUAUAAAUGAUAAAACAUGUAUUGAUUGAAAAUGUCAUUAAACUUGGAUCAAGCAAUAUAAUUAAUAAAGUCUCAAAAAAUCAUAUUCUGAAUAGUUAUUCUAUUUUUUUCUAACAUGUGCAUAGUUUGAAAAGGACAGCUUCUGUCUUAUCUAUUUGUAAUGAAGGGACACCGGUUUCAACCUCCAGGUCUCUUGAGUCAACCCGACAACAGACUGUACAUAGAGUAGAUUGUUACUUGCCCUUGAAUAAAUUUGUGCACUAAAUUUAAAGUGGGUGAUUUGUGCCACAUGAAAACCAACAUAGUACAAAAAGUAACUGGGCGCCAGAUGAAAACAUGAAAAUACAAUCUACCACAAAGUGGUUUGUUUGUUGCAUUUUCAUGUUUUUGCCGGGUGCCCUUGAUGCAAAAUACAAAUCAGCCUUCAUAAAAUUUCUUAUGUUGGUCACAGGUUUGAGUUCUGGUCAAGCUCAAAGUUUUUCUCAUCCUGUGACUGCAUAUUAGCAUGAGUUCAAUUUCCUAUGCUCUGUAACAUAAGAAAUUCACGAACACAAAUCGAUAUAGUGGGGAAAUAUGUUGUGGUUUAGAACUGUUUCAUUAUUAGAAAGAAAAUGUGUAGCAGGCCGGAUAGCUCAGUUGGUCUUCUGAAAGUCAUGGGUUCGAGUCAUGGUCAGGCAGUUUCAGUCAGGGUUUAGAAGUGGUUUUUCAAUUGACACAUGUUUGAUUCAUUUAACAGAUUGCAUUAUUUGAAAUGGACAAAGGCAGUAUUGCAUGAUACUUUAAGAUCUACAAAGGGCAUUUGAUACAGUUGAACACACUAUACUGCACAUGAAAAAGUUUUUUUUCUCCUUCUUCAUGAAACUUUAAGCAUCUGCCAUAUAUAAUGACAUUCUUACAUGGUUUAAGUCUUAUCUCUGAUAGUAGCUGGUUGAUGUGGCUGGUACUCAUUCUACUAACUGCUCUGAGUACCUAUGCUGUCCCCCUGAUGUUCAUUUUAGGCCCUCUUUUAUGUCUAAUAUAUGUCAAUUACAUGUCUUCAACCCUAAGCAAUAAGCUUUUAUUAUAAUGCACAGGCACGAGUAUCAGACCUUGGAAGAAAAAAUAUGGCCAGAUUGAUAAAAAACCUGUGUUCAUCUUAAAAGUGUCAACAACCAAAAUAAAAUGUAAAUAAUGACCCCCUUUAAAAAUAUACUUCAAGUUGAUAGUAUAUUUUUAAAGGGGAUCAUUAUUUACAUUUUGUUUUUUUUUGUUUUUAUAAACACAGUUUUUUAUCAAUCUGGUCAUCUGGUCAUAUUUUUUCUUCCCAGGUCCGAUACUCGUGCCUGUGAUUAUAUGCUGAUGACUCAGGAAUCCUUGUGUCUCAUAAAAUAAAUCUGAAGAAAUUCUUUCUUAUAGCAUGAGUCUUAUAAGAUUGCUUAAUUGACUAUAAAUUGUCUUUGCAUCUUGGCAAGACAGAGUCUAUUCUUUUUUAGUUUAAGUUUCAACUUAAACUGGCCCUAGCCUCCAGGUCACAUGUAAUGGUACUGCUAUAAAGUACACAUCUUUUGUUAAGUAUUUAGGUGCAAAUCUGGAUCAAAUUCUUUUGGCGUCGCCCUUUGAUGCUUUGCAUCAAUGCUUUUCUUGUUCUGUACUUGUUAUACAACAUGUUGUUGACAAGUAUCACUCUCCAGAUAUAUAAAAACACAGCGAUUAAACUGCGUUAGUGGUACUCGAAUUGUUAUGAAUUUUCGAAAUUCAGAUUUAAAUACGUAUGCGUAAAAUGUCACCGUCUGGAGAGACUAAAUAAAACAAUUCAUAAUCAUAAUAACUUAACCCGGUAUCUGUGUAUGUAAUAUUCAACCUGAACUUUUCUUUUGUACUAAGAGUUUAAAUAUUUCACUAGCUCAGACCGUGGGAUCCCAUUGACAAAUCAUCGGUACUGAUAUUACAUAACACAUAAAUUUUUUGACCUAAAAGCAUAUCAUAGGUGUAAUUCAAAUCAUAUGUAUGCAAACUGUACAUAUUGUACAUACUACUUGCUGUAUAUUACUUGUCAUCUUGUUUAUGUACAAAAUGUAGAUAUAAUUGAUCCGGCUUUGUCUAGUUCUCUAUCCUGAAGAUUUUUUUUAUAAAUAUAUUUUAUUGUAGUACAAUAACGCAUUAUGAAAUAUUUGUUGUGUGAGUCUUGUUGGUGUAUCAAAUUUUACACUGAUAAAUUAUAGAUACUGACUUAUCUUGUUGGUAAAAAAGACAAUUAAUUAUAGACAUAUGUUAAAGUCUAUAAUUACCAACGACUUUAAUAGUGUACUAGUAUAUGUAUAUCUUUUGAAAGAAUAUCAUGACGUUAUGCUUUCGUUUUUUUGCGGACUCAUGCAUGGCGUCAACUCAGAACGGCGCUUUUAUAAAACUGAAAGUGAUAUAUAUUAUAUGUUUAUUGUGAUUUUGUCUCGAAAAAUAGUACAUUCUAUGACUAUGUCUUGUUGAUGUUAAUAGUGUAUGGUUGUAUUUUAUUUGCUGUCUUUGUAUUGUUGAUGCAAAUGGGUUAAUGCUGACACAAAUGAUUAUAAUGCCUAGUUCUUGCUGAUGUACAAUAUCAUAUACUGAUGCAUAUUUUUUAUGACAUACUUUAUGUAUGUACAAUAUCAUAUAUGUUUUUUGUACACUGGUAAAUAAUUUAUAAAGAUUUUGCCUUGUUGAUGUACAGUUCUAUAUACUGAUGUAUAAUUCAUGAUAACUUUUUCUUGUUGAUGUACACUAGUACAUACUGUACAUGACUUAUAAAAAUCUUGGCUUGUUGAUGUAUCCUAGAACAUGCUGAUCUAUUAUUUAUGAUGCUUAUAUUUGUUGAUGUACAAUUAUAUAUACUGAUGUAUAAUUAAUGAUUGCUUUGUCUUGUUGAUGUACACUAGUUCAUACCGAUCUAUAAUUUCAUAAAGAUUUUUUUGUUUUGUUGCUGUACACGAGUACAUGCUGAUUUAAUAUAUUAAACCUAUGUUUUAUAAGUACCAUAUCAUAUACUGAUGUAUAAUUUAUGAUAACCUUGUCUUGUUGAUGCACAUCAGUACAUACUGAUAUAUAAUUUAUCAAGAUAUUGUCUUAGUGAUGUAUGAUAGAACAUGCCGAUUUAUGUAUUAUUUAUAAUGCCUAUAUUGUGUUUAAGUACAAUUCAAUAUACUGAUGCUUUGUGA